AUAAACACCUGAAGGCAGCAAUUUCAUCUCAAACCCCACAGCAAAAAGCCACUCACCUUUUUUUAUCUCUUUCUCUGCUUCCAUGGCGACCAAGCUCGACACAAGCAGCUUACUCUUCGCUCUCUUGUCCAAAUGUAGCCUCCUUACUCAAACCCAUCUCGCUCUCUCUCUUCUCGUAGCCUCCAUGGCUUGCCUCGCUGUCUCUCUCUUCUACUGGUCUCAUCCCGGAGGACCCGCAUGGGGAAAAUACUUCCUCCAUCGCCGUCACCAAACCGCCGUGAUUCCCGGACCAAGAGGCUUACCUUUUGUCGGAAGCAUGUCUCUCAUGUCCAACGCUUUAGCUCACCGCUGCAUAGCCGCAGCCGCGGAGAAAUUCGGAGCCAAACGUUUAAUGGCGUUUAGCUUGGGAGAUACUCGCGUGAUCGUCACGUGCAACCCUGAUGUAGCUAAAGAGAUUCUAAACAGUCCGGUUUUCGCUGACCGUCCGGUUAAGGAAUCAGCGUAUUCCCUUAUGUUUAACCGGGCUAUCGGUUUCGCUCCUUACGGCGUUUACUGGCGAACGUUGAGGAAAAUCGCGUCUAAUCAUCUUUUCAGCCCGAAACAGAUCAAACGCUCUGAAACGCAGAGACGUGUGAUCGCGAAUCAGAUCGUGAAAUGUCUCGAGAAACAGAGCAGCGGCAACGAAGGACUCUGUUUUGCUCGUGACUUGAUCAAAACGGCAUCGCUUAAUAGCAUGAUGUGCUCUGUUUUCGGGAAAGAGUACGAGCUUGAGCAUGAACACGAUGAAGUUAAUGAGCUUCGUGGUUUGGUCGAAGAAGGUUAUGAUUUACUCGGAACACUUAACUGGACCGAUCAUCUCCCGUGGCUGUCGGAAUUUGAUCCUCAGAGAAUCCGGUCUAGAUGUUCUAAUCUUGUACCUAAAGUAAACCGGUUCGUGAACCGGAUUAUCUCUGACCACCGUGAUCAAACUCGUGACUCGCCUAGCGACUUCGUUGACGUAUUGCUCUCUCUCGAUGGUCAGGAUAAGUUAUCUGACCCGGAUAUGGUCGCCGUUCUCUGGGAAAUGAUAUUCAGAGGAACUGACACGGUGGCUGUCUUGAUCGAGUGGGUUCUUGCUAGGAUGGUCCUUCAUCCAGAUAUUCAGUCAAUGGUUCACAACGAGCUUGAUCAGAACGUGGGAAGAUCAAGAACCGUGGAAGAAUCUGACGUGGCGUCUCUUACAUAUCUGACUGCUGUUGUGAAAGAAGUCUUGAGGCUUCACCCGCCAGGCCCACUUCUGUCGUGGGCCCGCUUAGCAAUCACAGACACAAUCAUUGACGGCCGUCGUGUACCGGCAGGGACCACCGCAAUGGUGAACAUGUGGGCUAUAGCACAUGACCCACAAGUGUGGGAAAAUCCUUUGGAGUUUAAACCUGAACGGUUUGUAGCAAAGGAAGGUGAGGUCGAGUUCUCGGUUCUUGGUUCGGAUCUGAGGCUAGCACCGUUCGGGUCGGGCCGUCGGGUCUGCCCUGGAAAGAAUCUUGGUUUGUCCACCGUGAUGUAUUGGAUCGCUACUCUUAUGCACGAGUUUGAGUGGUUUGCACCUACAGGUGAAAAGACUGUUGACUUGUCCGAGAAACUGAGGCUCUCGUGUGAGAUGGCUAAUCCUCUUGCUGUUAAACUGAGCGGCAGGCGCGGUUAAUGCAAUUAUACGUUGAAGGAAAAAGAAAUUAGUGUGCGAGGCAUAAAAGAAAAUAAAGAAAAAAAUUAAAGGAAGACAAGAAAGGCUAUGAACACUUUCUUGAUACGUAACGUGAGUGGUGGUGUGAGGAGUGAUGUAUUGUGAAUAUAAUGAAAGCAUUAAUCAAUACUAUCUUGAUGUCACGGAAAACAAUAGUUGAUUCUGCAACUUAUAUGUGGUUUUUAAUUCCUAUCUAAAUAUUACAAAUUAAUGUCCUCGUUUGAAUGUUUAUCUUUUGUAAACAUAAUUAAUAAUAUGGGUUAAUAAUAACUCCGUAAUUUUGGGAAACGUUAUUUGCUUGAACGCGAACACAUCCCCGAUUGCAUGCAAAAAUUAUAUCACUCUUUCCUCCACUGAUCAUGCAGAUAAACAAAACCCAUUCUCGUCAAUAAUGUAUUUAUUUUAAUUAAGCUUUUAUUCCGACAAGACACAUAACAAUAUUGGAGAUGGUGGAUUCAUUAGGCUAAUACCAAUUCAUGAUAAUGAAACAAGUUAUAUAUAUUCGGAGAAUGUUUAAAUUCUCUACAUGACUACAUCCUUAAAGUUUCAAAUUAUCGAUCGAUGCUUUAUGUGAAAAAGAGAUAUUUGUUAAAAGUUAGCAAAGAAACCUAAGGGGUUGUUUUCCACAUUUUUCCACAGCCAAAAAUAUAUAAGAUUCGACUUUAUAAAAGUUGCAGAUUUGACAUACGCUCUCUUUUGUUUUAUUUUUAAUGGCAAAUCGUAAAUUAUAUUGGGAGACUCUUAUAUUGGUCCCGUUUCAUUACAAGAACUUUACAACGCGUUUUUAUAAAUAUAUAGGACGAAUGAUUCCAAAAGUUAAGUUUUUCAAAAGAUUACUAGCUAAUUUUCCCCUUCUCUUCGACUCUUGUAGACCUCUGGCUAAGUCCUCGGUCGAGAUCGCUGUUUAAUAUUAUUUUUCUGCUGGUUUUGGUUUAGAACAUAGCGAAGUGAAUAAUUAAACUAUGAUCUUUAAAUAUUUUUCAAAAAAAUAUAUAAAAAAAAGAUUCCCAAAUUUGUAAAAAAAAACUUUUUUUGUUAAAGCCUUAUUAAAAUGUUUAUACCCCUCAACAUUUCAGGGACGCAUAGCCCCUGUAUGCGGACUGGUAUCCUAUGAAAGUGGUGUUUCUACGGUUCUAGAUAUGUUGAAAAUUAAGUCGGUAAAAUGUCCUUAAAGCGUCUACCAGUCCCCUUUUAGUGUGUUUAUUUCUUCAGGCGUUGUGGUUGUACAGGCAUAUCGGAAAAGUGGCGAGUUCUUAGGUGAAAGUAAUUUGCAGUGCAUGAUCCACUAGAACUCUCCUUCGAUAUUGCGGCUGCUAAAAGACUCCAUUUGUGGAAAGUAGAGCAUUUUCACCGACUAACAAUUAAUCAAGAAAAGUAAAAUAACCUACAGGCCUUUAUAACUUGCCUAAAUCUACUAAACAUCUAUUUAGGAGAAUGAUCUGAGAAAUAUAGCAACACUGGAAAACCCUAAUUUAUUGCUCACACUUUUAAUUUCAUUGAUCAGACAAACUAAUUAAUAUACACUCGUCGCCUUUCUAAAAUUGGCAACUUAACAAUAAUCGAAUUUUAAUAAAAUAAUAUGCUGUUUAAAUAUGAGAAGAAUAUUGACUGAAAUCACUUUUAAAGUGUGUGGUCUAACCUACAUAUUUUUUGUUUUGAACUUUUCGAGCAUACAAAUAUUUAUAACUAGAGUUAUAUAGUUUAAAGAGUGGUGGUAUUUAUAAUAUAUAGUAUAAGAAGAUUGUGACACAUGAAUUAUUAAAGAGUGGUGGUAUUUAUAAUCUAAUAAGGAGUAGGCACAUAAGCAAUGGGAAAGAACAAAAUCUGACAAGAUUUGAAUUAAUUGUGGUCUAAUCAUAUACACUAUUGAAAGAUCUAAAAAAUUGGAUAAGUAUCUAUAAAGAUUUCUUAUGUAGCAUCUUCUUAAUGGCGUCAUGUAGAUUAAAUAAAUUGUCCUGUUCUGUUACAUCAAUUUCACUACGUCGACGACUUGACACAUGCUGACUUACAAAUUACAACAAGAUUGGCUAAAAUUGUUUAUCAUAUAUAUACUGAUGGAUUAUUUUUAUUUGGUAACAUAUGAAUAUAUUGAUCGAUUCUUUGAUAGCAUAUAAAUAUAACUAUGUAGAAAGGAGUUAUAUUUUUUCAACAGAUAUAACUCAAAAGUUAACACAAUAUCACUCAACUAAAACUUAUGUAAGAUUAAAAGUUCAUUAUUGAUAACAUGUUUGAACAGUAUGAGCUACAACAAUAAGUUAAGUUAAAUCAGCGGUAACACAUUUACCAAUUAGUAUCCAUACAACACAAAUGAUUUAGCUUAACUUUGUACAUGAGAACUUCUGAAAACCCAAGACCAUUUAGACUAUGUGCAAUGGACAUGUUGAAUAAAUGAUUAAACUACUUGAUUUUUACAAUGAAGUUGUUGAAAAAAAUUAAACAAUGACGUGACAUUCAACUAAUUGAAUUUAUUCAACAUGUUAAAAGAAAAAAAAAAGGUUCCUUAAAGCUUUUUUUUUUGAACAAAGGUUCCAUAAAGCUAGAUGUCUAUUUUGUAUUAGAUGUUUCUGAUUUUUGAUUUUUUUUACUCUACUCUAAUUAUUCGACAUUAAUUAUUUCUAACAAAUUUAUUUAAAAUUUGAAGUUUUUUAUCUCAAAAUUCAUAAAAAUUUAUUUUCUAUUAAUAGACACUUGUUUUGUUUGAUUUGGUAUAAUUUUUUUUUCUAAUUUUAAGUUAUGUGUUUUAUUUGUUGUUUUGUAUGUUUGUAUUUGAAGUUUCGUAAUUUUAUUUGUUUUAGUAAUACUAAUUUUAGUAUUAUUAAUUUUUCUUUAUCCAAGAAUAGAAAUACAAAAUUAAAUUAAAUUAAAUUUAUUUUAAAUUAUGUCAUUUUAGUUCUUUAAGUUAAUCAUAAUCAACAUUAUUAUUAAUAUGUAAUUGUAAAUUAUAAAAGAUAAAAAUGAAUUGAAAAUAGUAGGAUAGUGUGUUGAAUUUUAUUAAACAAAAUUAGUGUAAAAAUUAGAAAUGAAAUAAAUGUUGAAGAAUUAGAUGAAAGAAAGAAAAUAUGACGUGAAGUGUUAAAAAGGAAAAGAGAGUGUAGAAUAAUAGAAACCAUUAAUGAUAGUCUUACAUAUUACUUAGGCUUAUCAACGGAAGCACUCACACUUAUAUACAUGGACCAGCGUAGACAAAGUAUUAUAUCAAAUUAUUAGAAAUGCAGAAAUAAUAAAAAAUCAUUAUUGUUUAUGAGAAUCACAAUGUAUCAAUUGUGUAAGUCGUUUAAGUUUUUCUUCAAUAUUUUUUCUUAAUAGAUUUAGUUGAUUGAGCUGUUGUAGCCGUUUCCAUGGUCUUUAACAAUUAAACCAUUGCCAGAGUUAGGUUUCCAGUAGAGGCUAAGAUGAACGCCAGGAUCAUGAUGAGUCUCCGAGGAGUUGUAGACGACAGAGCCAUUUACUAUCUGAACGUUACUGUUUACAAAACCAUCAAUCGGUAGAUUUCCACCAAUAUUAUCGUUAUGCUUCUUUGAGUUGUUUGACCUAUUAUCCUCUCCUUUCCCGACGCCAUGUGUCUUUAUCGGUGACCGUUUAAUCUCCAUCACAGCUCCUUUGUUUUCACCUGAAAUGGUUAUGACGCCUUGUGUACCCAUAAUAACGUCAUCAGACUCGUGUUGCUGCUCCUCGUUUGAACCGUGGACGAGGUUUGUUUUCUCCGAAAGAAUGCUUUUCUGAUGAGUGACCUCUCCCUCGUCCCUAGGCUUAGCUGGUUCGUGUUUUAUAGACCGUGAAGAUGUAACCGGACUCGGUUUAGGCUCUUGCACUUCUUUUGGUGGUGGACGUAAUGAUGUGGACAGCGGUUGAGGCAGCGGAGGAGGUGAAGGCGGAGCAGGCGGAGAUCGUGGUGGUUUGAUGACGUGGCGGGGAGGAGAUGGGUCGCGUGAAGAGUUUUGUGUUUGCCGGACGACGCCAGAGAAACGGUACCAGGAACGACCCGAUGGAUUCGACAUUAGUUGGUUUUGUUAAUUAUGAUAUUUAGUUUUAAUAAUGCAACGGUUUUGGGAUUUAGGUAUGGGAUUUGGUCCUUUAUACAUGCUUUGUGGUGUUAUUUAGAAAUAGAUUAAUUAUGUAGUUUACCAAAACAUAUAUUAAUAAUGUACGAGAAGGUAUCAGAUGCAGCUUUCAAAACCCACAUAUUACGAUUGGUAUCAAUAGUUUUCAUUCAAAUCAUUUUAUUUAUUUGCUCAUUGUAAUUUUGUAUUAAAAACUAAUAUAUAUAUUCUUUACGUUACACUUUUUGUUCGCCUUAUCUUAUUUUAAGGGUGAAAAUUCGAAUUGUGGCAGAGAGUAUAAAAUACAGUGAAAUGCCAAACUUAAAAAGCAAAACUAGAAUUUUGGCUUCCACAAAUUCGACCCACUUAUGUUGUUAAUAUUCCUGUUGUAUAAGAGACUAAUUUUAGUUUAAAUAUUUUAUCAGUCAAAGUACGUAAAUUCUUGUACAUUGAUAAAACCAUUACAGCAGAAAUUAAAACUCUGAAAACACAUGUCUAAGAGUGUUGUUGAGCCAUAUAUCAUAUCAGUAUGCACUCACGAUUCUUACAAUUCAGCAUUUACAAACACACAAAAAAAGUUGCAUAAGACUUUGCAAUAUAUAUAGUCAAGACUCAUUACAAGUCCAACAACUAGAACUGUAAAGACAAGAAAAA